AUAACUUAAUGCAAUAAGAUCCAUAUAAUUGGCCUUUCCCUCAUCGUUAAGAUCUCAUGAGUCUUUCAACAAUCAGUAUUUAAAAUGUCGAAUAUCAUUAGAAAACUAAAGAAGAGAUUUCGUCUAUGAAAAUAGAUCUUAAUCAACAAUGACAAUAUAAGGCAUUGACGGAGCAGCUCCAAAGUUAAAGCCAUAUCAAUACUUAAAUAAAGAAUAAUUUUGUAAUCGAGAUGAUGAUAUUCCAGGAACUAAAUCUCGACCACUAAUCAGAUCCAGCAAUAGAUCUGAUAACCAGUUGAUGAUAGAUGAUAUAAAAGGAACGAGACCUAAAGUGAAUAAAUUUUCAACAAAUAGAGAGCCUAUAAAUCCUCUUGAACCUGCCUAUAAAAUAGCAUCGUAUGAAUAAGUUGAACCAAUUUUACCUAAAUUCAUAAGAGAUAGCCACAAUGUGCAGGAUAUUGAAGGGACACAGCCUUCGUCUAUGAAUCCUAAAUUGAAAAAGCAGCCUGUCACUAUGGAAGAGGUGGAAGGUUCGCAUCCUAAAUAGCGUUUCUUGCCUAAAGGUAUUCAUUUACUAAAGUGAAGAUUAUGUUGAUUCGUUGCAAGUCAAGGAUAUCAAUAAUGAUUUAUUACACAAGUAUGUUCGAAAUACCAAUCCUAUUGAUCCCGUUUAUCCGCAUAGAGAUGAAGAUGGGUAUGAAAGAUAUAUGAUAAAAUUAGAAAACUAGUGUAAAUAGGUUUUAUAGACGGAAGCAAAACUAAAUAACUACAUCCCGUAACAAUUAACAAAUUCGCCUCCUCCAUUCUAACAACUAAGGAUAUUAUAGGUGCUUAGGCUGGGUCUCACUCGUAGCACUUUUUGAGGACAAAUGAAAGGAAAGACUAUAGACAAAUAAAUAGUGUAUCCGAUAUAGAAGGGGUGAAGCCUGGCUCACUUAAAAAAGGAAUUGAAAGUAAGAGGUACACAAAUCCAUUGAUGCCUGCAUAUUAAAUGCCAGGAAGCAGUGAAAUUUAGUAAUAUUAAUAAGUUUUAUGGGUAGCUCUAUGAAACCCACCAGCGUGUUCUAAAAGAAUGCCAGCACAUAAAUGUUGACAAAUGCAUAAAAGAUGGAUCUAUUCUUACCAUAAAGUUGAUGAAUAAUUGCUAUAUAUUUUAAAUAUGAUUAUUGACUGU